UUCAGUUUCAAGAUGGCCGCCUCCAUGGGUCCGUAUGAGACCUGGCUGACAGAAAAACUACUUUCUUUGAACCCCGAGACAGACACAGACGUGUUUGUCACGUACAUUACUGGAAUUCUAGAGGAGGAAACCACCGAUGAUGAAAAACGCGAAUCCGUCAUUGAUUUGUUGGCACAAAUUGUGGAAGAAGAAAUAGAAAAGAAAUGUGAUGAACUAUUUGUGAAAUGGAAUGAGAUAAGUGGAGUACAAGCCCAAACUAAUAGCAACAACAGCAACAGCAGUAGGGGAGACCACCUGACUGAUCACCUGGCGUCCAUCUUGGAGGGUCAGAAGAUCGAGCCUGUGAAGGCAGUGACCAAGUCUGCAGAGGAGAUUGCUAUCAAGGAAGCCAUACUGGCCCAGUACAGUCACAUUUCCAGCGGGGAAGAAAGUGAUGAAGAAGAAGCGGCAGAAGGGGCAACGGCAGCAGCAACAACAGCAACAAAUGAUGGAAUUGAAGACUUGCUUAAUUUUAAAAAUGACAAUGCGGAUUUAGUGAAGAAAAUGGAGCACGAGCAGAAGGAGAAAUCCAGACAGGAGGCUGAAAAGAAACGCGAGAAAGACAAACUGGACAGAGAGGCUCAGAAACAGAAAGAAAAAGAGCGGAAAGAGACUGAAAAGAAGAGAACACAGAAGGGCGAAAGAAAGAGAUGAUGGUACACUGACUUCUUAGUUAGCAAGUUUUGUAGGUGUCAGCUUUUGUGUUCACUGGAGGUCAUAGGAAGCUUUUUGUAUUCAACUUUUGCAGGUGCCUGGUUUGUUGUUUAAUUGACGUUUUUGGAAGCUUUUUGUAUUCAACUUUUGCAGGUGCCUGGUUUGUUGUUUAAUUGACGUUUUUGGAAGCUUCUUGUAUUCAAGUUUUGCAGGUGCCUGGUUUGUUGUUUAAUUGACGUUUUUGGAAGCUUCUUGUAUUCAAGUGCUUAUUUUUUCUUCUCAAAAAGGCCUUAUCAGUUAUCAUAUUGUUUUAGAUUGGUACAUAUGUUAGUUGAUGAAGGGGGAGUAAUAUCAAUUAUAAUAUGAGUCGCGUUCUGAGAAAACUGGGCAUAAUGCAUGUGUGUAAAGUGUCGUCCCAGAUUUGCCUGUGCAGUGCGCACAGGCUAAUCAGGGACAACACUUUCUGCCUAAGCUGGAUUUUUGCUAAGAAGAGAUAUCAUUUAAAUGAAAAAAUCCAUAAAAGCGGAAAGUGUCGUCCCUGAUUAGCCUGUGCGGACUGCACAGGCUAAUCUGGGGCGACCCUUUACGCACAUGAAUUAUGCUCAGUUUUUUCAGAACGCGACACAUAUAAGUAAACAAGUACUUCGUACUAGUACUUAAAAUGCUGGGUAUAGUUGGUGCUUUAUUUGUGAAUUAUUUUCUUUCAUAUCAAUUUUGUCUAACAAUCUUCAAGAAAUGUUAACUGUUUGAAGUGACUCUCGUUUGUUUUGAUUUUAUUAGUAAAGAUAAAAUAGAUUUAUGACAAUAAGUUGUUUUCUGUCAAAUAAACAAUUAUGUUGUGUGACAAUAUGUAUAAUUGUUCAUUGGUUAUUAGCCAAUAUAGCAGGAAGUACAAGUUAAUUUGCAGUUUAAAGAUCAAAAGUAAAACCCUGAAUACUAAGUAUGUUAUUUGUCAUUCAAAUUGCAUUUUUGUGAUGUAUUAGUUUUAAUUUGUUCAUGAGUUUAUGGCAAUAGCUGAGAUGAGUGCAACUCUACAUCUAUACAAUUAUAUUAAAUGAUUGAAAUAAUGAUAUGCAAUCUUAGUUACACUAUGUGUUCAUGCACAUGAAUUGUUUUGUUAUUUGAAUGCGAACGUUGUUUAAAUAAUUGGCUACAUUAGCUAUGUCAGUCCUUUGAAAAUAAAACGUGAAAUCUC